AUGCACUACAUACUUCCAACGAUUAUUCGUCGACCAUACUGCGAUCCUUACACCGCAGCCUACUCGGUGUUGCGAAGCGCACAAUUCAUCUCUGCGGUUCUCGUCGCUUCAGUUUGCGGCAUUGAUCUUGGUGCUUGGUCGAGGCUUGACCAGCAUGCAGACUCUAGAUGGGUUUACGCAGAGGUGGUCUCAGGCCUGUCGGUGAUAUUGUCUCUAGCACGUGGCAUCCGGGGGCCACACACGCAAUCUACGGCUCGUCUUACUUGCCGUUGUUUCCUGGACUCAGUGUUAAGCCUACUAUGGCUAGUCUCCAGUGCUGUCUUUGGGCAAAUUGCAGUCAAGGGUGUUGGUGCCGUGGUGUUGCCCUUCUCCAUGCCAGCCGUCAACGCCGCCUUUUAUCUCAGCAUUCUUAGCACGCUAGUAUGGCUGACGGCUGCCAUUACAACUUGUAUGCCUUGCUGCCGUAAAGGGAAAGCGAGAAUUGUCAAGCCACAAGUGGCAAGUUUUAUCGUGGAAGAAAAUCAAGAUCUAGUCGAAGCGUCAAAAGAGAAGUCUGUGGAAAAAGAAGAGCAGGGAAGUGGUAAACCGCCUCCAUAUUCGUCUUUAUCAGACAAGAAUGGAGUAGCCAGAGCUGCUAAGAGACUUGGGAAAGCCGGUUGA